CUGCGGGCGGCGCGCGUGAUUGGCAGACCCCAGCCUCAGCCCAGGAGCGCGUUUCCACCCAAGGCGAAGUCCAGUCUCCGCCUGUUCCCGGGCCACCACCUCCUCUGAGCCCAGCCAGUGUCCGGCGUCGCUCUCCGAUCCCGCCGCGCGCUCCCCGCAGGCCCCGCAAGGCAGCGAGGGUUCCGGCGCCAUCCUAGCCAGCCCAAACCAUGAAGGUGGAGUUUGCGCCGCUCAGCAUCCCCCUGGCGCGGCGGUUGCAGACGGCGGCGGUGCUGCAAUGGGUCCUGUCCUUCCUGCUGCUGGCACAGGUGUGUGUUGGAAUCAUCAUAAUACUGAUCAUAUACAACUACUGGUUCCUCUACAUCCCCUAUUUGACAUGGCUUUACUUUGACUGGCAAACCCCAGAGCAAGGAGGCAGAAGGACCGAAUGGGUCAGAAGUUGGACUGUUUGGAAGUACUUUAGGGACUAUUUUCCAAUUCAUCUCAUCAAAACUCAGGGUUUGGAUCCAAGUCGCAACUAUAUAUUUGGCUUUCACCCCCACGGAGUUCUUGUGGUUGGAGCCUUUGGAAAUUUUUGUACAAAUUACUCGGAGUUCAAGGAGCUGUUCCCCGGCUUUACCGCAUAUCUUCACGUGCUCCCAUUUUGGUUCCGGUGCCCUCUCUUCCGGGAAUAUCUGAUGAGUUGUGGACCAGUGUCUGUUUCCAAGAGAAGUGUGUCCUACGUGCUGAGCAGGCAGGGAGGUGGGAACAUAUCAGUGAUCGUCCUCGGGGGAGCCGAAGAGUCGCUGGAUGCCCACCCUGGGAAAUUCACGCUGUUCAUUCGCCAACGGAAAGGCUUCAUUAAAAUUGCUUUGACCCACGGGGCCUAUUUGGUCCCUGUGUUUUCCUUUGGUGAAAAUGAACUGUUUAAACAAGUUAGCAACCCCGAAGGCUCAUGGCUUCGAACUGUUCAGGAGAGACUGCAGAAGAUCAUGGGGUUUGCUUUGCCACUGUUUCACGCCAGAGGAGUUUUUCAGUACAGCUUUGGUAUAAUACCCUAUAGGAAGCCCAUCAACACUGUUGUUGGCCGCCCAAUCCCUGUUGCUCAGACUCCGCACCCGACCUCGGAGCAGAUCGAGCAGCUGCAUCAGACCUACAUGGAGGAACUACGAAAACUGUUCGACGAGCACAAAGCAAAGUACGGCAUCCCAGAGCAUGAAACUCUGGUUUUCAAAUGAUUGCCAUUUUCUCAAGGCGCAAAGGAGGACGAGGGAACAUCGCAGUGACAGCAAAACCAUUUUAAAUAAGUUUUUCUCUUUUGACUUACGAAAU